ACCAACACAUUAAAUGUCUGAAACAAACUCACUUGAAGAGACCUCGAAAUUGUCAGGAAGGGGCAGUUUCGGAAGGAGUAGGAAAUUCCAGAGGAUUGAAGUAACAAUGGCGGAGGAAGAGAGAGAAAGAGAGGUAUUUUUCACCUUCGGGGACAUGCCAAAUGUUACCUUCCUGCCAAACGCAAUGCACAAAACGUCCGCCACAUGCAGUUGCCCGUCGAAUGGAUAAAUGCAUAACAUUCAUUUACUGAAUGUCCUUUAAACCAAAUACAAAGUCAGCCACAGAGACCCACAGCCAUCAAGCCACAGAUUUCAUCCUACUUCGUACACCCCUGGGUGGGUAGCUCUACUCCGUAUGCAUUCCUCUCGUCAUAAAGCGAAAGUCUCCCGAUUGCAUAUCACGCUUCAACAAACCGGCCCUCCCUCAACCAUCCCCGACCUCGAAUGAUCAAGCCUGCUAUCUGAUCGAGUUCUCCUACUGCCUCCACCACCAUGAGUGGACGGCUUCUGAGCGCUGGGGCUUUAAGCCCCCUGACGCGACGCGCGCCCCUCCAGUCGUUCCGACAUUAUCAUCGACUGCCCACCGGCGGGCUUCACGGCGCCGAUGCAGCUGUGCGCGCCACGAGGAGGCGCAUGUGGUUUUCUGCUAAUGCUUUUUCCAAUGCCGUCACCGUACGGAACGCGUCGUUUGCCCGGUUCCUGCCCAAUCUCUUCCUCAAGUUUGUGAGGCUCCCCGCCAUGUUCGGAGGUAUCAUGAUUGGGGGUAUUGCUUGGAUACAAUAUCAGGCCAUACAGGUGAGCAACUCCGCUCUGGACAUGUAUGGGAGCAUGAAGGACACAAUCACCGGUACUGCCACGAACCUAUGGGGUGGCGCUGCGGAUAUUGCGGAGCAAACGAAACGAGGCUGGCAGAACACAAAGGAUCAGGUUGAAUUGCCGGACUGGGUCCAAAAGGUUCUGAGGAUCCAUGAAGACGUCGGGACAGGCCAGGGAGGAUCCGGCGGGCAAGGCGGCUCGGAGCCUCCGAAACAAAGUCGCGCUGGUGCUGCAGUUGCUGCCGGAGCUUCCGCUGCUGCUUACGGUUACGAGGCCUCUGCCGAAGACGACGAUCGGAGUCCGGAGGAGAUCGCCAAGGAUGAUCAGAUGAUGGUGUUCACAAAGAACAUGAUCGAGAUUCGAAACAUUCUGUCCAAGGUUGGCCAGUCGAGCACCCUCACACUGCCCUCCAUCGUCGUGAUCGGAUCCCAGUCAUCAGGAAAAAGUUCGGUUUUGGAGUCGAUUGUCGGACACGAGUUCCUUCCUAAGGGCUCGAACAUGGUCACCCGGAGACCCAUCGAGCUGACGCUUGUCAAUACCCCUGAAUCGACGGCCGAGUACGGCGAGUUCCCAGACCUAGGUCUGAGGAAGAUCACCGAUUUCUCGUCCAUCCAGAGGACCUUGACUGAGCUGAACCUGGCCGUGCCAGAUACCGAAUGCGUCUCUGAUGACCCCAUUCAUCUGAGGAUAUACUCCCCCAACGUCCCAGACCUAUCUCUCAUCGAUCUGCCGGGCUACAUCCAGGUUGUAGGACAGAACCAGCCUCUGGAACUGAAGCAGAAAAUUUCCGAACUCUGCGACAAGUACAUCCAGCCGCCGAACGUGAUUCUGGCAAUCUCGGCCGCCGACGUGGAUCUGGCCAACUCGGCAGCAUUGCGAGCCAGCCGAAGAGUCGACCCGAGAGGAGAGCGCACAAUAGGCGUGGUUACCAAGAUGGAUUUGGUUGACGCAACGCGUGGGGCCGUCAUCUUGACCGAUAAACAGUACCCCCUGCGUCUGGGCUACGUCGGGGUCGUCUCCAAGGUGCCCUCCAUGACGGGCCUGUUUAAGAGGGAUACGGGUAACCUGAUGGCCGCCAUCAGUCGAAAUGAGAACGCUUUCUUCUCGGCACACCCCCUGGAGUUUGGACCCGAAGCCGGGGUCAAUGUCGGGACCAUCACGUUGAGGAAGAAGUUGAUGAAUGUCUUGGAGCAAACAAUGUCAGCCAGCCUCCAAACGACUGGAGAUGCAAUACAGCAAGAACUGGAAGAAGCAACCUACGAAUUCAAGGUCCAAUACAACGACCGGCCGCUGUCUGCCGAGUCAUAUCUUGCCGAGAGUCUGGAUACUUUCAAGCACUCCUUUAAACAAUUUGCCGACUCCUUCGGGCGUCCACAGAUGCACGAAAUCCUGAAGACCACGCUAGACCAGCGAGUUCUCGAUCAACUAGCGGCCAGGUACUGGAACAAACCCAUCGCUGAUCUAUCAGUGCCACCCCCGGAACCCGAUAAUAUCGCGGAUCUGCCCAAGGCCGACCCGGACUCUCCCUACUGGCACCGUAAACUGGAUGCCUCGGCUUCUGCCCUCACAAAGCUGGGAGUUGGCCGUUUGGGCACCACAGUUGUGGCUUCUGCUAUCCAAUCGAACAUUGACAAGCUUAUCGACCAGUCUCCCUUCGUCAGCCAUCCGUUUGCUCGGCAAGCCAUCACCGAAGCCGCGUCGAGCAUCCUUAACGAGCGCUUUUACAGCACCAGCGACCAGGUCGAGAACUGCAUCAAGCCGUACAAGUUUGAGAUAGAUAUUGACGAGCGCGAGUGGAACCAGGGGAGAGAUCAUGUCGGUGGCGUCCUCAAGACUGAAUUGAGCCACUGCGAAGCCGCCAUGAAGAAUCUGGAGAACGCGGUGGGUGGCAAACGUAAGCUCAAGGAGGUCAUCAACUACAUCGACAAGGCGAGGAAAGGAGAUAUAGUCGUUGAGGGCGAGAGCAGAAGCGGUGCCGGCGGUUUUAGCGCUGCGUUGCUGGCGAAGGGGCGCGAAGCCGUCUUCUUGCGAGACCGGGCCGACAUCAUUAACAUGCGCCUGCUCGCAGUCAAGUCCAAGCAAUGCAAGAGCAUAAAGAACAAGUAUUACUGCCCGGAGGUCUUCCUCGACGCCGUGGCUACCAAACUAGCCGCGACCUCGGUUCUCUUCCUGAAUGUCGAGCUGCUAUCCGAGUUUUACUACCAGUUCCCGAGGGAGCUGGAUGUGAAGUUGGGCCGCCACUUGUCGGACGAGCAGAUCGAGAUGUUCGCCAAGGAAGACCCCAAAGUCAAGCGGCACCUCGAAGUCAUCCGCCGCAAGGAGCUCUUAGAGCUGGUCCUGGAGAAGAUGGAGAGCCUACGCCAGCUGGAGGGCCGAGACAGGGUUAAGCGUGGGCGGGAGAAGAAGACGACGGAGAAGCAGAGCGGCGGCCGUUGGGGCCUGUUUUGAGGGGAGGGCCAGCGGCAUGGCAUACUAAAUGACUGUUCAUGAUACGGACGACUCUGGAGUUGAGGUGGGUUCAUUCAUUCUGAUUGCGUCGAUUUGCGUCGUGAGCGCCUUCAACAGGCUGAAAUAAUAAAAGAAACAGCCAGUGCAGGGUCGCGACGUGUAGGAAUUCUCCGCCUCGUGUGUGGAUGGGCAAGAGGAUUAUAUAUAUACAAGCCGGAAGGGGGGCUAGAUGGGACCCAACUAUGUACAUAUGAAAGAAGAAAAAAUACCCUGCUCGACCACGAUAGUUAUCGUACCGGAAUAAAACCCUUUUCCUUUAGCCAAUACAAAUAGAUGCGG